UUUCACCUUUAUUUCAUGGAACCACCAAGGGUUGAAAUGCGCUACUGGAGUGUCCUUCUGAGAGCUAAGUUUGAUGAACAUAAAGAUGAAAUUGACUUCAGGAAGUCGAAAGAACUUCUGAUGGCUGGGGAACGAAAGUUAUGGGAAAACCAACACCCUCAACCUUAUAUGUAUGCCCAUUCUCCAGGUGGAAUUUGUUAUGGCCGAGAAGUCAAGCUACCUGACUGGAUUUUGGAUACUUGGACACCGCAAGAAAAGGCUCAAUAUCCAGAAUAUUUUGCCCGGCGUGAAAUUAGAAAACAAGAAUACAUUGAAAGGUGGGAAAGCAAGUACGGCAAGACAAACAAUGAUGCUCAUUGAGAAAUGUCGUUAAUUAUGUUGCUUUAAUUAUUAAUUUAAUUAAUUAACUUAGGACUCUCAAUAAAUUUUCUUUUUUCUUUUUAA